UUGGGGUGUAAGAGAGGGGAAUGACGAAGGAUGACUUGAUGGGAGAGGGUUUGAUCUAGGCCCAAACAGGUAAUAGCCGCGGUGUUCAGCCCUACGAAUUGUGCAUCCAGCCAAAACAAACACCCCUCCCUCUACGUAGGUUGUUGCUUGCAACGGUCCCGACACGCCAUAUCACGACACGAGGCAUUCAACAUGGUUGCUACGCGCAAGUCUACAACUGCCGCGCCUACGGUAGCCUCUGCUCUUGCUCAAUUACAGCAAGAACACGAGCUGAAGAUCAUCGCUAUCACUGAACCUCUCAAGCCCAGGGAUCUUCCUCAAUCCUCGAAAAAGCGCAACUCAGCUGCGUCUGUCGACAGUGAUCAGAAUGUCGACACGCACCCUGCAGCACUGGAGGCGGACUUAAAACACUACAAAGAGCUCUUCAGUAAGCUGCGCUUCUCCUACGUAGAGCAAGUCACAAAAGAGAAAUUUCUGCGCAACCUGACCGACGAUCCGCCGCGACUCGUCGAAGCCGCAGAGAACGUCGAAAAGGAAACCGAAAUCCUUGCAGUGAAAGCAAGCCUGAAGGAGCACAAAGCCGAAGUCGCUGAGAUACUGAAGCAGCUGGAGACGAAGGGAGAAGAGCUCGCUUUGCGCUACGACGCUGUGCAGCUGAGGCGGCAACAGUUGGAGACACUACCAACCGAGAUCGAGGGCCUAGAAGCCAGCAUUGCGCAGUUGAAGAAAGACCAGAUACCCACAUCAAGCAAUCCAGAACUCGAUCUGCCAUUGCCAGAAACUUUGCGGCUACUCAACGAACGAGAAGCGGAGCUGGCUGCAUUGAAUGCACAAAUCGCGCAGUUGCAGUCUUCCUUGCCGAACCGAGCAAAAGAGCUGGAGAAGGUAGAACGAGAGCUCAAGCCAUUGGAGAUACAGAAGCAAGGCACAGUCGCUGCAGCCAAGGAAGCCAGACGGAGGAAAGAAGAGGGCGGCGGCAUCGGAGACGAACUUGAGGCGAGGGGACGAUGGCUCACAGCGUCAGAAAAGGCGCUGAGGGACAUGUUAGAAGUAGAGGAUUGAUCGUGGGUCUGCCGAUCAUUGAUGGUCGUUAGGAGUUGGUCUUUGUAUGGCGUUCUAGGCGCUUGAAGCUUUUCUCGCGAGAUACCAGUGGGUUUCCCAACAGCCGUUAAUUGUACAACUCAUUCAGACCCACGGUCGGUCUCAUCCGAGCCAGCAAACCAUCUCAUGUUCUGGAAUCUGAAGGUGGUGAUAAUUGGGGUUGUGACGACGAAAGCGGUCUGACGUAGAUCUGGAGUCGCCAGCGCAGCACUGUCUAAAACUCGAAACCUGGAAGACGCGCUGCAGGGACCAGCGUAGCUGAAUGUAUAGAUGGAUGGGUUGUGAUUGGGUGAGACCAGCCACCCCUCGGGCGGUGCGUUGUCCAAAGCGAAUCAAUCGACGGGUUGCUGGGCCAAGUGGGCUGUUUACCGGUGGAUCCUGCCUCACCA